AAGUGAUUGUCCUUGCAGCGUACCGGCAACCAAUGGGCCGGGCAGGAAAUGCAGGCAGAUCUGAUACUCUGCUAUCUGUCGCGCUAAUCAGCACCGCCGGCUGGAUUCCGGGUGGAGCUGCCCACCGGCCCGGAUACCUCCACCGGCUGCUGGCCUUCCGCUGGUUUUCAUUAGUAGGCAGUAGGCAGAUAGUGCUGGACACGCACGAAAAUCAUGACUAACAGGAACCUGUCUUUGUUGGAUUCCCA